GUCGAUAGGCAGUUUACAAUCUCAUACUUGCCUACUAGAUACACCUAGGAUUGUCAUUGUACUAUCUACACUCCAUCCAUCAAUAACAAAGAGUAGGAACUACGGUUUUACAUUCACCAAGAGGGCCCGAAUCUAGGGAAACCUUGCCUCCUUGUUCCCCGCCUCGAUCGUCCGGCUAGAUGUGGCAUCCUAUCGAGAGAUAUGUUGGAUUUUUUACAACAUAUGUUUGAUGUACUCUAGUUUUCAUUGUGUUUGGAGUGUUUGUAGUUUCCCGUCUCUUCAUGUAAGAGAUACCGACCAUAUUGUAAGAUUCCUAUCAUUGAAAAUCGGCACUUUGUCCAAAUCCAUAAGACAAUCAAGGUUUGCGGUUAUAUUUUUGUGCAAAGACUUUUAUGCUGCAGUAUUGUUUUGGAUUAUCUGUAUCAUAUUAUAUUCUCGUGAGAUCACACGCUAACUGAAGUUCCACCAGGUGCAUGUUGAGGAGUUGAAAUUACGAUGACUUAAUUAUGGGAUGGUUACUAUGGUUCCUAAGAUGAAUGAUGCUGCAACUAUCACUUGCCCGGUUGGUCAAAGUAUCUUAGCCGGUGCAAUCCUCAUAUCCUCUUUUGUACCUCAAAUAUUCCCGAUCGAUGAUACAAACAUAAUUUUAUUCUUAGAAAACAAUUCAACCUAAAUAUGAUUCUCCCUUAAAAUAAAUAAACAUUGCGAUGUAAGAAACACAAGAAGUGGUGACAAAAUCAUCCAAUACAUACCCUAAAAAAUCAUCGAAUAUAUGUGCGGCGAGUGUUUCGCCAAAUUGUUCUUUUAAUAGAACACCACUGAAAAAAAUAAAAACUAUUUCCUCCGUAAAUAUUUCUUUAUAGAGGGAGUACUUCUACAAUUUUACCACCAGCUCGUUUUCCUUGGUCUUGCGUCUACAUUUCCAUUUUGCAAAAAAAAAACAGUUUUCUUUUGGAGCACUUCUUGCAUCUUCGGAAAAACAAAAACAAAACCAUUUUCAGCCGUGUGGCCUGUGCUUUUUUUUCUUUUGUCUUUUUAUUAGGGGUAUAUAUGCGGCCUGGGCUUGCACAGCAGACACGGUCGACGCAGGCCCACGCGAGCCCACUGAAGCAGCAGCUAGUCGGCACUACGAGACGGACGGGAGACUCGCGGUGGGUCAACCAACCAGUCGUUCUCCUCCUCCUUGUCGUCCGCCGCCGAAGUUGAAAAAGAAGUCCACUCCGCCGGCCGCCGUCCUCCACUGCUGACUUAUCUCUUGGCCGCGCCACUUGUAGUGGAGGAUACAUUGGCUGGCGAGCGAGCAGGAGAGCGGAGCGAGCGCUAGCGGAGGUCGUGCGCCGGCGACGUCAUCGUUUUAAGGCAGUUCCUCCUGCAACGCAGAGCUCUGUGGAAGAUAAGCCCCGAUCCAUCACUUAUUGAUGAUCCACAGUUACUACAACUUGGGAGCUCCGCAGUUUCUUCAAGUUCCCUGACGAUGCGGUUCCUAUCAUCCGUGGAUCUGGCUUGUCAUCCACGGAUGGCCGUGGUUCUCCUCCCCCUCCUCCUCCUGCUCCUGCCCCUCGUGCCGCCCGCCGCUGCCCAAUCUUGGCCAUCUUGUGGCAACAGCGGUGUCUACGAAUCAGAUAGCACCUACGAAGCCAACCUCAGGCACCUCUCAUCCACCCUCCCGAAGAAGGCAGCAUCCAGCACCACCCUCUUCGCCACCGACACCCAUGGCAAUGUUCCGAAUGUCAUCUUCGCCCUCGCACUCUGCCGCGGGGACUCCAACGCCUCUGCCUGUGAGGGCUGUUUGGUUACCGCCUUCCAGGACGGACAGGACAACUGCCCCGACAGUAAGGACACCACCGUGUACUACAAUGGUAAUCCCUGCAUGCUCAGGUUCUCCAACAAGAAUUUUCUUGCCACCACCGACAAUGACAAAAUACUCGUCAUUGCGACUUUUGCGAGCAUGGAAAUGCCGCUCAACACCUCGAUAAGACACGACUCCUUCAGGUUCUUGUUGUUCACACUUCUGAACAACACAGCUCAAUCGGCUGCGAACAGCUCGAGGAGGUUCACCACCUCGCGCUUAGAUGUCAGCUCCCUCCCGACGGUCUACUGCCUUAUGCAGUGCACGCCCGACCUGACCGCUGAUGACUGUGCAGCCUGUUUCCAGCCUUACUCCUCGUUAACGUUCAAGCACAUGGACGAUGGGAAAGGUGGUCAAAUUCUGGGGACACGGUGUAGCAUGAGGUACGAGAUAUACCCAUUCUUCCAAGGGAAGCCCAUGCUGCGUAUUAUCAACUUGGCAUCUGCAGUUCCGGCGAUCAACAACACCUUGCCGCCAGUUACAGUGUACCCGCACCAGCAGUCACAACCGCAGUCACCGGUUGCGGCACCACCACCUCCGGAGGCACAAGCGAGCACCCAAGAACUUCAUGGACGCAACUCACACCAGAAGGCGCUGCGGAUUAUUGCUAUUGCAGCUCCAUUACUGUCAAUAUUUCUGUGCUGUAUCUGUUGCAUUGUAUGGAUGACAAGACGAAGAAAAGGAACUGAUAUCUUACACGAUCAAGCUGCCACGAAUAAGCUGGAAGAAGACGCAUUGGUUUCGAGAUUGGAAGACAAGAGUUCAGAGUUCACUCUCUUUGAAUUUUCUGACAUAUUCCAUGCUACACACAACUUCUCCAAAGAAAACCUACUUGGGCAAGGUGGUUUUGGUCCUGUCUACAAGGGCCAGUUACCAGAUGGAGUGGAAAUUGCAGUUAAAAGGCUUGCCGCACAUUCAGGACAGGGUUUCACUGAAUUCAAAAAUGAAGUUGAACUUAUUGCAAAACUACAGCACAAUAAUUUGGUCAAGCUCAUAGGAUGUUGCAUUGAGGGAGAGGAAAAACUUUUGGUGUACGAAUAUUUGCCAAAUAAGAGCUUGGACUUCUUUAUCUUUGAUGUUAGCAGAACAACAUUGGUUGAUUGGAAUAAAAGAUGUGUGAUAAUCGAAGGGAUAGCCCAAGGUCUACUGUAUCUCCACAAGCACUCUCGGUUGCGCAUCAUACACAGAGACCUUAAGGCCAGCAACAUUCUCUUGGACCAGGGCAUGAAUCCCAAAAUUUCUGAUUUUGGGCUAGCAAAAAUUUUCAGCUCCAAUGAUACUCAAGGAAGCACAAAGAGGGUGGUGGGAACAUAUGGUUAUAUGGCUCCGGAGUAUGCAUCUGAAGGCAUUUACUCGAUCAAAUCUGACGUGUUCAGCUUUGGUGUGUUACUUCUCGAGAUCAUUAGCGGACAAAGGAAUUCUGGUUUCCAUCAGCACGAAGACUUUCUUAACCUCCUUGGAUAUUCAUGGCAGCUCUGGGAAGGAGGAAGAUGUUUUGAGCUUCUAGAAGCAUCAAUUGCCAAGGAGAUCCACGCAGCUGAGGCUAGGGAGUACAUUAACAUUGCACUAAUGUGCGUACAAGAGCACGCAGAUGAUCGACCGACCAUGUCAAAUGUCGUUGCGAUGUUAAACAGCGAGAGUUUUAUUCUUCCAGAGCCUAAACAUCCAGCAUACUUCAGCCUAAGGGUAUCUAAGGUAGAUGAAUCGGGUAAUAAUGACGUAACCGUCUGCAGUAAUAACGACUUAACCAUCACUGAGGAGCCAGAUGGCAGAUAGUUGAUCACUUUGCUUCAGUUGUUAAUGGAAGUGCUAGCAAUCAGACAGCAGGCAGACAGACCAGGUCAAGUGAACUAGGGCAGACCAAGUAAGCCUAUCAUAUUUUGGUUAUGAAGGAUGGCGACCGGCGCAUCUCUGUAGCCGUUUUUCGGUCCUGCGGUGAAUGAAGCUCUGCCGGUAUGCAUAGGCUGUAUUGAUAUGCAGGUUAAUACUGCAUUUAGCUUUUGUGCACCGCACCAUCAUUUUCCACUGGUGGCUGCUGCUGUAGACUUUAAAGGAAGACUUUAAAAGAGGACUUGAAAUCCAAAGGAUUUCAAUUUGACAGAAUCCUGCUGGGUAAAGUAUUUGUUGCAUCUAUACGCGCCUUUCAUGUUUUCCUGAAAGUUAAUUCCAUUGAC